GAAUCUUCUCAGUUACACUCAGCUGAACUUACACCUGCCAUCAACAUGCCCUACAGCUGCUGCUCUGGAAAUGCCUCCUCUCCAUCCUUUGGGAGCUACCUGCGCUACCCAGGCACCUCCUGUGGCUCUUCCUACCCCAGCAACCUGGUCUACCGCACUGACCUCAGCUCCCCCAGCACCUGCCAGCUGGGAUCCUCUCUCUGCAGUGACUGCCAGGAGACCUGCUGUGAGCCUACCAGCUGCCAGACGUCCUAUGUGGUGUCCAGUCCCUGCCAGACAUCGUGCUACCGCCCGAGAACCUCCUUGCUCUGUAGUCCCUGCCAGACAACUUACUCUCCAUCUCUGGGGUUUGGGUCCAGCAGUUGCUGCUCCCUGGGCUAUGGAUCAAGGAGCUGCUACUCCCUGGGCUGUGGAUCCAGUGGUUUCAGACCCAUGGGUUAUGGAGGCUGCCACUUCCCGUCUCUGAGCUGUGCAUCAGGAUUCUACCGGCCAUCCUACUUGGCCUCUAGGAGCUGCCAGUCUUCGUGUUACAGACCAACCUGUGGAUCUCAAUUCUACUGA